CCGGCCGCCCUAACCCCAACCAUGGCCUCACCUUCACCGGCUGUGGGGUCCGUUCAGUGCUUUGGACGCAAGAAAACGGUGGUGGCAGUCACCUACUGCAAGCGCGGGAAAGGACUGAUCAAGAUCAAUGGCUGCCCCAUCGAGCUUGUGGAGCCUGAGAUCCUACGAUUCAAGGCCAUUGAGCCAAUCCUACUCCUCGGACGCUCCGCUUCAACGGAGUGGACAUGAGGAUUCGCGUCAAAGGUGGAGGGCACACCUCACAGAUGUACGCGAUCAGGCAGAGCAUCGCCAAGGCUCUUGUCGCCUACUACCAAAAGUUUGUGGAUGAGCAGCAGAAGAAGGAGAUUAAAGACAUCUUGGUGAGGUACGAUAGGACUCUGCUCGUCGCUGAUCCCAGGCGGUGCGAGCCCAAGAAGUUCGGUGGUCGUGGCGCCAGAGCUAGGUUCCAGAAGUCUUACCGUUGAAGUAUCAGAAAGAAGAGUGUUCUUCUUAUGGUGGUUUUUGUCUCAUUUUUUAGCCCUUUUAAUGUUCAACUGCAUUUACUUAUAUUAUGUUGUUCGCAGUUAUUCAAUGCUAGAAAUGUUUUGAUUCUAAUUUUCCAAUGAAAAUUUUAUUCUAUC